CAGACUCACUUUCACGUGUCCCCACACUUUCACCUCUCACCCUGUCCGCGAGUGCGUCCGUGGCAUACAAAAAACGCUUCGUGGGGUCGGCCCUCGAAGCCAACCCUAUCCCAUGCACCCUCUCCAACUCCCGACCUAAGGGUCAGAGCCUCGCUCCACAAGACUUUUGCGCUGCGACCUCAACCUGAACCUCAACCUGAACCUCAACCUGAACCUCAACCUCAACCUCAUCUUCAACCUCUCGCAGCGACCGUGCCCGGACGUCGUCGUAAUGUCGUUCUCUGACACGGCUCCGUUGCUCCGGUCUUCCCCUCCUUCAUCACGCUCCUCAUCUUCCACGACUUUGUGUUCGGCGGCCUUUUCUUCUUCUCGCUCCUCAUCUUCCACUACUUUGUCUUCGGCGGCGGACUUCACCAAGGAAAUCGACCGACUGCGAGCUGCGGCGCGACCAGCCAUCCACACGCGCAAGUCUUCGAAAGAACACCAAGUCGCGCUCCGGGCGCUCACAAAGUCGUGGAUUGCUCUCCCGGAGUCGCCUCACCAGUGUCAAGCCAUCAUGUACUCGAGCUGGACCAGGUUCAGCUGCUCCCGCGUCAGCAAUUUGUCCAGCGACGAUCUCAAGGCCUCCGUCCUGUGCGCUCCGCGACCUACGACACCCGACUUCAAUCCGCCGCUGUUCGAGCGUACAUAUCUAGGAGCCGACCAGCCUGACAUGGUCGGAAACCCUGAGGCGCGUCGGAUCCUGCGCCGCCCGCAUCGCCGAGCGAAGUCCAGCUUGAACAAUUCCUGGUCGACGGUUUCCUCCUCACAGAAAGAUGGCCAGUCCCAAUCCACGGGCCUCAGAUUCGGGAAAUCGCCAAUCAAGAAGCCUGUUACCAUCUCUCUCCUUACCCAGAAGAUGCACUCUCCCAAGGAAGAAGCCAGGAAGCCCAUCAAUCCGAUAGGUUUCUUCGCCAAAGCCGAAGCCAAUGAAGGCAAGCCAGCCCUUAGCGCAUCAAUGCUCCCAUCAGCGUUCGACUCGGACAGCGAGGAUGAUGAAUCGGAGGAAGAGCUUCGGAAGCACAUCGACACUCCCGGUGUCCUCUUCGAGGCUAACAAAGGCAAGGGGACCCUCGGCGUCUCGAUGCUGCCCUCGGCAUUCGACUCUGACAGCGAAGAUGAGGGAUCCGAGUAAGUUUGCCAUUGUAAUCAGGACGUGACAUUGCGUUCCCUAACGCCCUUUUGUAGGUCUGGAGCAUAGAGCAUGACUGCGCAAAACGGCACGAACCAUGAAACUCGCAUGACAAUGCAAUGAAGUAAACGAAGUAACGAACAAA